UUUUGAUUUGUUAGAAACAGCUGAGAGCAAACGCGAACGGGCCCCAGGACAUCUACUUGCCCCAAGGUAAGGGGUCUUAACCCCAACUGUGAGUGACCUUAUCCGGGUCCCCCCUCAGGAGAGCACCUAGCCUGAGCGAAUGAUACCAUGCUGCAUCGGCCAGGUCUCCAUGGCUAUGGAUCGGCUCAUCGCCCCGAAAAUGCGAACGACGCUUAGGCUCACUUAAAGACAGGCCGUGUCGCGCUCGGGGGUGUGAUAUCGUUUAAUUUAGGCUUACCUUUCCUCAAUCCUCGAUGGGAAUUAACGGUCACAGUUAGCGUUGGGUCAGUUUGUUCUCAAACACGGAAUACGAGUGGGCCAUCGUAGCAGAGUCAAUUACCCGAGGGUACUCCAUCCGUCAGCAAGAUGUCGGGGCAAAGGUUCCUGCAGAAGAUCGUGAAGAAUGAGGCGAUGAAAACUGAUCCCAAGGAGAUCUAUGGAUGGAGAGUCUUCUUGUUAGCAUGUUCGGCGUGUUUUGGUGCUGCCUCCUUCGGCUGGGACAGUGGUGUCAUCGGAGGUGUCAUUAAGCUCGAUACUUUUAUAGAAGACUAUAAGCUAGGAGACACCAGUAGUGUCUCUUCGGCGAACCUCCAAGCGAAUAUCGUGUCCGUGCUCCAAGCUGGGUGCUUUGCCGGUGCUCUCGCGGCUUACCCCUUAGCCGAUUUAUUGGGCCGUAAAUGGUGUCUGGUAUAUGCUUCUAUAUUUACGCUUGCAGGAGUGAUACUGCAAGCGGCGGCAUCGGGACAUCUCGAACCACUAUACAUUGGCCGAUUCGUAGCUGGUCUUGGUGUGGGAGCAUCCAGUGUCGUGAAUCCCAUCUAUGUUAGCGAGAAUGCACCCCGGGCCAUUCGUGGACUGCUUACUGGCAUGUACCAGCUCUUCAUUGUCACUGGUAGUCUGAUUGCCUUCUGGACGAAUUUCGGCGCCGAACUGCACUUGCAUGGCGCGACCAAGUACAUCGUGCCCCUGGCAGUGCAAGGUCUCCCUGCUCUGUUUCUCUUCUCGUUGAUGUUGAUUUGCGACGAGUCGCCAAGGUACCUCGCUCGCAAGGACCAAUGGGAAGAGGCCAAGAACAUCUUGAGGAGACUUCGACAACUGCCCGAUGACCACCCUUAUCUUCAGGAAGAGUUCCAAGAAAUCGCAUAUCAAUUGGAGCAGGAAAGGCAACUCAUGGGUGACGCAAACUUCUGGUCGCUACAGAAGGAGAUGUGGACGGUCGCAUCCAACCGCAAGCGAGCGAUCCUGAGUAUCUUGUUGAUGGUCUUUCAACAGUUGACCGGAACCAAUGCCAUUAACGUCUAUGCGCCAACUAUCUUCACGAACCUUGGUAUCAUGGGCACCCAGAAUUCCCUGCUCGGCACCGGUGUCUACGGCAUUGUCAAGGUCGUCUCGUGUAGUGUCUUCUUGCUCUUCAUGGCCGACUCGCUUGGUCGCCGUCGGUCGCUCCUCGUCUCGGGAAUCGGCCAGUCCUUUUGCAUGUGGUACAUUGGCAUCUACCUCCGUGUUGCUCCACCGGUGAACGGUGCGCCGGUGCCCGUUGCUGGCUACUUCGCCCUGGCCUUUAUCUUCGUUUUUGCCGCAUUCUUCCAGUUCGGUUGGGGCCCAGCCUGUUGGAUCUUGGUCUCGGAGAUCCCGACUGCCCGUCUACGACCGCUAAACGUUUCUCUCGCUGCAGCCACUCAGUGGCUAUUCAACUUUGUUGUUGCCCGGACGCUUCCCGUCAUGUUGGCGACAUUGGGCUACAAGGGAUACGGGACCUAUUUCAUAUACGGCAGCUUUGGUGUCAUUAUGGUCAUCUUCGUGUACUUCUUCAUUCCAGAAACCAAGGGUGUCUCGCUAGAACAUAUGGGUGAGCUCUUUGGCGAGUUACCAUCCGAAUCCAAGUCGUUGGGCGAGGGGGACAAACGGCCUUCGGCGGUGGAGAUCACAGAUACUAACGCAACUCAACGUGUUUGAAGAGGUCCACUGUUUCGUUUUCGUGUUCUCCAUGCAGUACAGUAGAAUGAAAAGACUCGAGAUUGCUUCAGUUAGGUAGCGUGUGUAGAUACAGUUUGAAUGAGAAAGGGAUCGUCCACCGUUGGUUGGAUUAUGACCCCCACGAUACCCAUGAUAUCUAACUCGCUGAAAG